AUGGCAAGCAAUUUCCAACCAAGUGUGUACAAGGGCACGACCGGGCAAUAUUUCGCCGAGCCCGCCGGCGACCGAAGCGACUACUACUGGGUUACGGUAUGGUUCCACAAAGACAUCGAUCACCGCGGCAUUUCGGAUUCGACAAUCAUGAUGUCUGUGAAGGGUAGGAUUGAAAACGGCGACUUCACUAUAGAAGAUCAGGCAAUGCAUGGGAUAGGGAAAAAGUGUCUCUCGAUCCCUAUCAAGCGCGAUCCGGAUACACUUAUGCCCAAGUCGUAUACGCCUGAUCCUACGCAUCCCGAUCUUCUUCUUGCUCGCAAUCUUGCGGAUUAUUGGCAUGAUCAGAUCCAGUUUAGGAAGGUUAUUCUAGAUCAACGGAUGAUUUUUGUUGAUACUCGUCGUAAGACGGUGAGACUAGAAGAUAUGUUGGAUGUGGGAGAAGUGCUGAUGGAUCCCUGGCGUAUUUAG